UUAACAUUAGCCAUUCGUUAACACUGUGCAUAUGCUGAAAAAUGGCUGACACUUUUAAUUGCCGAAUCAAGUGAUUGUUUUAGUGCAUUUUUGCUUAAAAUAAUAGUGAAAUAUGCCGAAAACUACUUAUGACUAAUAAACGAAUGUAAUUUAAUGUUAAACUAAUUUAAUGCAUGUGUUAAAACACACUAAAGGUAUGUAAAAUCACGUUUCAAACUGCGGCUCGUCGUUGUGCACGACUGCGUGAGAAAAAUUGAAGAAAAGACUGCGCACAAAGCUAAACUCGGCACUAAAAAAGAGAAGUAAUCGAAAUGAUGAACAACCAUUUUCACUUGCAACCACACGAGCACAACACGCCACAAAAUGUGGCACCACAAUUCGCAGGCGCUGUGUCCGCCCCAACCACCUCAUACAGUUAUUUAACACAACCAGCAACCGGAGCACCAAAUGGCCAGCAGUGGCUUACUUAUCAAAUACUUCCGCCUGCGCCUGCAACACUGGCAACAAAUGCUGGCGGCGGGUUACCGUCAGCACUAAGUGCCCCAAAGCGGCACUAUUAUGCAAACGCUACCACAACAACAGCAGCAGCAACGCAUCCCAACAGCAUUCAAAUCACCAACAACUAUGCCACGCAACAGCAGCAGCAGACACAACAACCGACGCAAUCAAGUCCGUUUAAAGCGAAUAACAUCAAUAACAUUCGUAUUAUCAGCACAGCGCCCAAUGUUUAUAGUUUAAACAAAGGCACAGAACAACUGAAUCAAUUGUAUGCUGCCCCAACAUCAACAACAGCCACUGCCACAGCUGCCGAGUUGUAUGCCCCAGUUGGCGCAUACUACACAACAUCGGCCAGUUUGCAACCAAAGCUGCAGCCACCGCCAUUGGUUCCUGUGAGCAACAACAGCAAUAGUGUUGCACUUGCCACCUUGCCGAACAAUGCGGCGCCGUCGUCGACCGUGGUUUUGGAUCGUAUUAACAUCUGCAUUAACAAUCAUUACGCGGAGCCAAAUCUCUGCCAGCCCUCACCGAUAAUACCCGCAAUACAGCACAAGGCAUUGAUACCUCUUAUCGAUAGCAGCACAGCUGACAGCAGCUGUAGCAGCACCAGCAGCUGCAUCUCGAACGGUCGAAGCAGCUCAAGCGUCACCAACGCCGUCAUUGUGAUCGAUGAGCCAGAUUCCACAACAACCACGCCACACACACCGCCCACAACACCAGAAACUUUGAGCUCGCCCUUGAAGUCUCCAGAAAGCAGCGGUGCCGGAUCGCCGACGACACAACUAAAGCAGAGCUACACUAGGUCACCGAAAAUUGGUAUUGAAGAAUCUUCGGCUGUCGUUUUAGCUGCAGCGCCACCAACACCUCCCACACCACCGCCAGUCGUAAUAAGCCCCGUUCCUGCUCCAGCUGCUGUUCCCGCACCCAUCAAUUAUGCACUGCAAGAGGAUGUGUUUAUCAAAUGCAAUGAUGGACGCUUUUAUUUAGGCACAAUAAUCGCUCAGUCUGAACAACAAUAUCUAGUGCGAUUCGAUGAUAAGUCGGAGCAAUGGUGUGAGCGAGAAAAACUGCGCAAACUGGGUAACGAACCGAGCAGUGGGGGCGGUGCAGCAACCAGCACGACUGGACCCAUGUGCGUGGCCUGCAAGCGAGCACAACAUGAUGAUAUUGUCGAGAUUUGCGAACGUUGCGGUCGUGGUUAUCAUCGCGGAUGCACAACAGAAAUUGCCAGUGGCGUUUGGUGUUGCAAACGCUGCGCCAAGCCAAUGAAGAUGCAGCCAGCGAUUGUGCAACACGAGGCUAGCAAACCACAAGGCAUUUGUCGACAGCUGCCGUAUCAUGUGGACAAGCUGAGCUGGGAUGAAAAGCAUCGAGUGAAUGAGGAGCAAAUUUAUUGCUAUUGUGGCAAACCUGGAAAAUUCGAUUAUAAUAUGUUGCAAUGUUGCAAGUGCCGCAAUUGGUUUCACACACAAUGUAUGCAAGACUUUAAGGGCAAAUUGUUGCGUGGCGACAUGUUUUUCAUCUUUUGUUGUACGGUGUGUAACGAUGGCGUUGAGUUUGUACGCCGUCUGCAAAUCGAUUGGGUCGAUAUGCUGCACAUAACGUUGUACAAUCUCCGCAAACAUCAGCAUCAGAAAUACCAUCAUUUACUCAAGGAUAUUUGGCCAUUUAUCCUGGAGCAGCGGCAACAGUUUCCCAUCUGCGACGAAUGGCGUCAGCUUCCGGAAACAACGCUAAUGGAACGCAUAAAGCAUACGUUAAAAGAGUAUUCCGAUCGUUUUGUUUGUGGUCGCGAGUUUAAACGUGCGCCGGCUUACUAUGCACUAAGGCACAGUGGUCCACCAUUAACACCGAGUGUGUUUCUACAACCACACGAAGAGCUCAGUGAUGAGCUGUUGGUUGAUAAGUUUAGAUUAUUACUGAUGCCAGGAGAAGUGCAGAAGACAAAAGUGCAUACAAAGCCAGCGCGAGAUAAUGCUACCAAGAACGUUUCCGCCAAGGAUGUGUACGAGUUUCACACAGAUGACGACGAAGAGGAGGCAGUGGAAGCUGAAGCAGAGGUAGAUACCAGCGAAGAUGAAAUUCCCAUUAAACAAAUCAUGGAUAUGGCCAAAAAGCAAAGCAACCAGCAAUCAACUGUUACAGUCGAAGAUCCACAGCAGGUUUGCAGCACACCGGAAUGCACGCCCGAUCUAGCCGAUGAUAAUGCCAACGAUGGUGAGCCUCCUAAACUCAUGGCACCUGCACCACCUCAGGUCAAUGUUGCGGUCAAUGGUAACAGCAAUAGCAAUGGCAAUAGCCGUAAACGCAAAGCAUUCCGUUCGUCGAAACGUUACGACAGCAGCCGCAACUGUGAUCUCUCGUCUGAUGAGAACUCGAGUAGCAGCCGUGGCACCAGUUCACUGGAUCUCAUCAUACCACCGCCAGUUAAUUUCCUUGGUCGCAACAAUCCCUUCCUGAUGGCCACGCCCAAGAAGUCAACACAACAGCGUAAUGUCGGCACCGCUGUUGGCGUUGCUGGCAUCAUCAACAGCAUUUUCAAGCUGAAGCAUAAUGCCAAGCAUUUGAGCAAUAUUGAGCUGGUCAAGGCGGGAACGGCUGCGCAACAGCCGCGCAUGGUGCGCACCAUUAAGCGAAGACUGAGUGCCAAAGAUAUUACCAUUGGGCCCAAUCAGGAGGUGCGCCGUCGGCGCACCAGGCGACUGACGACGGCCAUCGAGGUGAUCAACACCACAACAAUAAAUCCCAUACCUAGCCACUACUUUCCCAUCUAUGCCAAAGAUUUGCAGCCACCGCCGCCUGUACCGUUGCUGCCACCAGAAAAGCCAACGCACGGUCGCCUGCUGCGUCAACGACCACAAAAGUCACGCGGCGGUUCGCCGGGCAACAGUCGACGCAAUUCGACCAGUUCCACGGCCACCAAUGUCAGCAGCAGCGCCAGCAGUGGUGGCGCAACCGUUAAUGCUCACUCGAUGCUGGACUUAAAGCAAUCGGUGAACAGAUACUUUGGCGGCGCCAUGAAUCGCAUCGAUGCUGGCGAAUCCUUUGCUAUACGCGCAAAACGGCGAAUGGGAAAUGGACAAGUUCAGUAUCUGGUAGAAUGGGGAGGCGAUACAUCAGCUACCACUACUUCAACCACCAUGGCAACGAAUGGAAACUAAACAUAACAUAAGAUCUAUUCGGAUUAACUAUUUUUUAUUAUCAUUUUCUUUAGGGUUUUUAUUCAAUUAUUGUUUAAGCAGUAUACUGCCAAUUUUUUAGGCCCAAUUUUAGUUUUGUUAAACUUUGAGAAUCGACUGCCAACAUAGUAAAAUAUUCAACAAAUGUUUGGCAUUCAAAAAAUGCAACUGAUUACAGGUUUUAAUUGUGCAAUGGCAGUUAAUGGUUGAAUUAAGUAACAAAAAUUCAAAAUUUCUAUAUACACCAUUUUGGCUCUUAAAAGUAUUACAACAUUAACUAAUGCUAUUGUUUAAUCGCAUAAAUUUACUGCUGAAAAAAUGAACCGUAUUAAUGUAUACACAUUUAUUCGCAAGAAUAUGGUAGUUAAGUUUCAGUUCAGUUCCAACUAUUUUAUAAUUUAUAUAUAUAUUUUCGAAAAAUAUAUAUUUAAUGUACUUGAACAUAAACAAAUCAUGUUAUGCAUACAAAAUCUAUUUGAGGUGUACUAAACACAACACAAAUUUAUUAAAGCAAAUCAAUUAGGGAUAAACAAAUUUACCCAUAGAUUAGAUAUAAUAUAAUUCAUUAAUUGUAGUAUUACAUUAAAAAAAAAAUCUAUACGAAAUCAAAAUCGAGUUGAACAUUAAAAAAAAAAUCUCAUGCAUUUGCAUUAUAAAAUAACAAAUCGAGCAUUAAGCUACAUAUGUGUGUAAAAUGUUUGAAUAAAUGUUUAUACUUAAUACUUGUAAAA